AGUAUUUAAAUUUGAUUGCGCUAAGGUAGAAAGCUUUCGUGAUCAGAAAAAAAAUAGUUUAAAUUUAUUUUCAUUUCGGUCGGUUGUAAUCGAAACAUAAUUUUCAGUUGUUGGUGCUCGAGAGCCGUAUCUUACAAUCAUUCUACGCGCGAACUUUUGUCGGUUGACAACGGUUUUCAGUCUGCUAACGCGCUAGUCCAUCGACAGUAAAAUUAUUGGAUUUGGUUUAUAAAGGGACUUCCAACUAAACUGUGUUGUAGUGCAAAGAAAACUUUUCGAAUAAAAAAUAUGAUUAUUAAGUCAGUGUUUACACUAUGCUUCAUUGGCGUGUUGACUUUACUAGCCCCUGAAGUAAAAAGUGCUAAUAUAUUAGCGGUCUAUGCAUUUCCUGGUAAAAGUCAUUUCAUGAUGCAUAGAACACUCAUUAAAGAACUUAUAAAUCGUGGACAUCAGGUUACUAUGGUUACAGCAUUUUCUCUGGAAGAUCUAAAACUUGGCGAUAAUUAUACCGAAAUUCUUAUAGAACCUGUAUAUGAUUUUUGGGACGAUAUUAAAAAACAUUUUGGCGCUACAAACCUAUUCGAAUUGACUAGCAUGACAGUUUUUGACUUUCUCAAAAUGCUUGAAAUAUUGGGAGUUGCCACUACUGAGCACGCAUUACGUCAACAGAAAGUGGUGGCUUUAAUAAACGCAAAGAAAACUGAAGGUGUAUACGAUCUACUCCUGGCAGAACAAUUUUAUCAAGAAGCAUUCCUAGCAUUGGCCAAAGUCUAUAACAUACCGGUUGUAACUACUAGCACACUUGGUUUUGAGAAUCACAUGAGUCAAAUAAUGGGAGUUUUGACACCCUGGUCACAUGUACCACAUGGUUUUUUGCCAUUUUUAGAUCGAAUGACAUUCACGGAACGUCUGAAGAACAGUUUCUAUUCAUUAUACGAGGAUUUGGAUCGGGAAUAUAAUUACUUUCCAAAAAUGGAUGAACUCGUUCAGACAUAUUUUUCAAAAGCAUUAGCUAACUUAGAUGAAAUACCUAAAGUUACUCAAAUGGAAAAGAAUAUUUCGGCUUUGUUACUGAACAGUUACGUGCCGUUGACUACACCACGUCCUACUGUUGCCGCGAUGAUAUCAGUGGGUGGUCUACACAUUUACCCGUCCAAACCUUUGCCAGAGGAUUUGCAAACGUUUCUAGAUGAAGCAGAGUAUGGCGCUAUAUACUUUGCUUUAGGUAAGCAAAUUCUCACUACCAACUUUACUGUAAUUCUAGUAUCUGUAUCUCAUGUUGUUCUUGUUGUUGUUGUUGUUAUUGUAUUUUGUGGGUAAUUUAAAAUGAUAACACAACAUGACGCAGCAUUUUAUUAUCUCACACGUUCAUCGGUGAAUGGUAAAGUAUAUUUCUGAAUUACUUAACCGAGACUCAGAGCAGUUGUUUGUGUUUUUUGAAGGGCCGCACUUGAUGAUUGCAUUUGUGA